CAUCGCAUGGCCGACGUGUGCGUACCGAGGCUCGCGCUCGCGUGGUACUCGCCGUGUGACUAAUCGCGUUGCCGCUGAAGAGGUCCAGCUCGUCGCGAUAACGUCGACGUGUCGGGCACACCGAUCAUACUGUAACGAUCCCUCUAAAAGAGGAGGAACCUGUUCCAAGGUCCGAUUCCCGGUCGUCGACGCGGGCCACAUUGCCUGCUCGUUCUCCAUCAUCAUCAUCGUCCUCGUCGUCCACGUCCACCUUCGGGCGGACCAGAGCGCGCGUGGCAGCGAUUAAAUUCUCAGCAUCUCGGGUACCAACGCGCCGUAACGUCGCGACCACGCGUCCCCACGCACAUCCGCAGCGAUGUCGAACGAGGAGACCUCCGCCGACCGCAACGUCGAGAUCUGGAAGAUCAAGAAGCUCAUAAAGAGCCUCGAGAUGGCCAGAGGGAAUGGCACGAGUAUGAUUUCGUUAAUCAUACCUCCAAAGGACCAAAUAUCGAGAGUGAGUAAGAUGCUGGCGGAUGAAUUUGGUACAGCGUCGAACAUUAAGUCACGUGUAAAUAGAUUAUCUGUUUUGGGUGCAAUCACAUCGGUGCAGCAUAGGCUAAAGCUAUAUACAAAAGUGCCUCCAAAUGGCCUGGUAAUUUAUUGUGGAACUAUUGUAACAGAGGAAGGAAAAGAAAAGAAGGUCAACAUCGAUUUUGAGCCUUUCAAACCUAUUAAUACAUCUUUAUAUCUUUGUGAUAAUAAGUUUCACACAGAAGCGCUCACGGCAUUACUUGCGGAUGAUAACAAAUUUGGUUUUAUUGUAAUGGAUGGUAAUGGAGCGUUAUUUGGAACGCUGCAAGGUAAUACGCGCGAGGUGUUACAUAAAUUCACCGUGGAUCUUCCCAAAAAACAUGGUAGAGGUGGUCAAUCUGCAUUGCGUUUUGCCCGAUUACGUAUGGAAAAACGACAUAAUUACGUUCGAAAAGUAGCCGAAGUCGCUACUCAAUUAUAUAUAACAAAUGAUAAACCUAACAUCGCUGGAUUGAUUCUUGCGGGUAGCGCUGAUUUCAAGACGGAACUUAGUCAAUCCGAUAUGUUCGAUCCAAGAUUGCAAGCUAAAGUUAUAAAACUGGUCGAUGUAUCGUAUGGUGGCGAAAAUGGUUUUAAUCAAGCUAUUGAAUUAGCGGCCGAAUCUUUACAAAAUGUGAAAUUUAUUCAAGAGAAAAAAUUGAUUGGUCGUUACUUUGAUGAAAUUUCUCAAGAAACUGGCAAAUAUUGCUUUGGUGUAGAAGAUACGUUGAGAGCCUUGGAAUUGGGUAGCGUUGAAACUUUAAUUUGUUGGGAAAAUUUAGAUAUUCAACGAUAUGUCCUGAAAAAUCAUACGAACGCGGAAGAAAAAGUACUACAUUUAACACCGGAACAAGAAAAAGAUAAAACUCAUUUUACCGAUAAGGAAAGCGGGGUAGAAUUGGAACUCGUAGAAUGUCAACCACUACUGGAAUGGCUCGCGAACAAUUAUAAAAGUUUUGGUGCCACUCUGGAAAUUAUCACGGACAAGUCUCAGGAAGGAUCCCAGUUUGUUAGAGGUUUUGGUGGCAUAGGGGGUAUUUUGCGGUACAAAGUGGACUUUCAAAGUAUGCAGCUGGACGACAUCGAGACUGAUGGCUUUGAUUUGGAUGACUACUAAGUCCAUGACUCAAUCGACAUUUGGUUCUCUUAGCUUCGAAGAAAGCAGGGACUUUGAGUAUGUUCUUUCUCAUGAUGCCCCAAGAAAGAAGUAUAAAGAAAACACGUUUCAAAAUUUACAAUACAGCACGUACGAUAUCGUCAUAAAAUUAUUAUCUAGAGUUUAUCAAACAUGAAGCAGAUCGUAAUUAAUACACGAAAGAGAAGAGCACCAGCGAAUAUGGCGCGGCUGAUGUAAUCCAUGUCUGUAAAAGAAAAGGCGAUUCGAAGACUGUGACACUUAAUUAAGCCAGCUUGAUACCUGCCUAUUCUCAUACAUUCACCACCUUAUAUUACGAUUAUGGUCUUUAAUUAUUCACAGGGAUUCCUUUAAACAAACUACGCGCUCUACAGUUCCGAUUACAAAUGUACAGUGAAUGGUGGUUCGAUCGUAAUUUUAUAUUAAAUUGAUGUUUGUCAUCUUAUCAUAAAUUUUACGAGAAAUGAGUGUUUGAGCUACAGAGUGGUUAUAGCGUUAUUUUGUUCAGACACAAUCAUGAAAGAGCUGUAAUAAACUGAUUAUUAUAAACAUACAAUUGCGUAUCGUGCAUUCUACACCGAUAUUUGCAAAAUUCAUACGGAGAAGAGUUCUGUAAAUAGAUGUCAAUUUUUAAAAACGGCACAGUUGCCUUAGACAUAAGUUGAGAUCGCGUACACGAUCCACGGAGUAAAUGAAGUAUUUCCGUCUUAUGCAGUGAUACACACUUGUAAACGUAAGGACAGAUAAUUCCUCGCAAUCCUACAUUGCUCCGUUGCUGGCUCUUGGCUCUUAGAUUUUUGUACAUUCACACAAUUGUACAUAAGAAACGCUUCGUAAAAGUAUCGAAGUAAUUUUUCAUUGUUAUAGUGGUGCACCUCAGUGAAGAGAAAGAUAUUCCCCGCAAUAUUUAAACGGUUACUGAAGAUAUAUUACGAAAUUUAUUUUAACAUUGUUAAUUUAAUUUGCUUAUUCGUAUGAUGCCUCUGUAAUAAAUGACGCUAUGUAUGUAUAAAUGUGAAAAGAAUGUAACGUGCAAUUUUGGUGAAGUAUCCUUUAUGAAAGAAUACUGUAUAGAGAGCAAAGAGUUUCUCAAA